CAAAAAAGCCAACUUGUAUUUUUUGGCCUAAAACAGUGAUUUAAAUUGGUCAAACUUGAAAAUAUCAAUUAUUGACAUUUGAGGCAAUAAAAUUAGUUAGCACAACAAAGCAAGCCAGUUGUAUACUCUAAAACAGUUUGGUGAGUUGCUAAUACUUAAAUCUUUAAGUUGGAGUUCAAUACAAGGGACAGGAGUUCUGCAAACUCUUAUUUCUUUGUUGCGAAAGGCGGGAAAGCCAACUUUCCGAGUUGGCACUUGGCACUUGAAGUCUCAUUGUGGCUGUGCUGCCUCGAGCUGGAGUCCACACAGGUCUUUUGAACUUGUGGAGAGCAUCUACGAAGACAUUGAGAUUUUCGUUUCCCAGGCUCUCAACAACCAUCAUCCACUAGUGGCAUACACAGUGGGAGGGAAGGUGCUGGUGACUCCAAAAGUGUGCCUCCUCCAUUGAAGUGACACAGAAUGGCUGGAUUAGUACUACUGGUGAAAAUCUCCCCAAGAAUGUCCCGUAAAGUGACACUUCCUGAAGUACCUGGUUCGGUUGAGCAGUUGCAAAACAUUCUUCAGGAAAAUCUUCAACUUCAAGGCAGUUUUACACUACAAUAUGAGGACCCAGGCUUUAAUAAUGCUCUCUGUAAUUUGAUUGACAUCCAUGAGUUGCCACCUGAGCGUGCUAUCUUGCACAUUCUUUGGGAUGAGUCUGCAGUUGUUCUGCAAGAGUCAGACUCUUUUCAUUCAGGGUCUUCCCUGGAUACAGCCAGUUUAUCCAGCAGAGAGUCACACCAGAGUCCCUCAGCUUUUAUUAAGAGCUAUCUGCGAAAUGUCUCAGAAUGGCCUUCACCUUUUCCGAUCCCACCCUUCUCCUAUGAUGUGGAGCUUAAGCUGCGUAAGGGCAAUGAGGCAUAUGGAGAGACCAAGAAAGGUAUCAGCUUAACAAGAGACAUGAAGACAGACAUUUUGGACAAGAUUUCUCAGGCAGUCUUUGAAGUGAAAGCCUAUCCUGAUCAAGACCAGAUUGAGUCAGUUGCUUCUGCUCUCAUCAAUAGACACCCCUGCCUUCGAGAACCAGGCAGUGAAACGGGGUAUGAAGGAUGGAAAAUGAGCAUAAAAUACAAACUUGGCAAUUACAGGUCCAAGCUGCGUCAGGCAGGCUGUAUCGAGGUGAGCAUUAACAAGAAAAAGAGGAGCAGUGAAGAUGAUGGUGCCGGUUCUUCUCUGAAGAGAGCAAAGCGAGGCGAGAUUAACCAUGUCCCUGACCAUCCAGAAAACCAUAAUGAUGAUUCACUGGAGGAUGACAGACUGGCUCUGGUUGAAGAGUUUAAGAAGAAGAGCAAGAAUGUUGCACUCAUCAGGCAAAAGAUGGAGUUGACUUUCUCUUUGAGACGCAAGGAGAUCGUGGAGCUGCAGCCUAUGGUGUCAGAGGUUCUGGUGCGGUGGCCUGCUCUGUUUUGUGAGGCAGAGAUAAGGGAGGAGUUUUAUCGCAUCACAAACAAGAACCUAAUGGACAACUUCAGAGCUGCCCUUCAUCAGCACACUUGCAGGCUCCUGAGACUCUAUCGGGGGAGGAGGACAGCUUUUUCAUCUGAGAUGGAUCAGCUCCUUAACAGCCUGGAUCAAGAGACAUCUGACAUCACUGCACUUCGACAAACUGCAGCAUUGAAGGGCCUUCCCUUGUAUCUCUGUGACAGUCAGGAGAAGCUCUUCAGGAACUGUUUUGACACUGACCCAGAAGAGGAGCAGACGAAGGGCCUCACUGUGGGUGUCCUCACUGUGUUGGAGGAUGAUGACAGCGCAGCUCCUCAAAGUGUGGUGAAUGUUGCUGUUGUUGUGGAAGAAGAGAUUGUCCUUCAAGAUCUCCCUGACCUGCCAACUGCUUUUGGUUACCUCUUUGGACUGAUCUAUGCGUUGAACCUUAAGUACCCAAAAGAUCUCAGGUACACAUUUGAAACUAUUCAGAGGGUUUUCAUGGAACUUGGUACAGAUCUCUCUGCAAGGGUAAGAUCCCUCAAAAACAAACUCCUUGAGUGAAUCUGCACGCUAACUGAUACUGUUGGGUAUGGAAUUGUUGAUCUCUGAAAGGUUCCUUCUGUCCAGCCAACCCAUGUUAAUUUUGUCUUCCUGUUUCUCACAAACAACUCUGAUGUACCUCAAACUCCCACUGUCUUACAUUUAUUUUGCACUUUAUUGGGUUUUCCUUAAACAUCUUAAAUGUUGAGGUUCAGUGUUUGUAAAACAGCACAUAGUAUUGAGCAGUGUUAUAAAAGCUUGUGCUACACAUUGUAGCACAAGUUGACUGGGACAAUUGGGUCUCAUUAGUUUGCAUUUACUUGGCCCUGUUGGAAGGGCUUUGAUCCUGGUACAGUUCAAAUAAAACAAAAGUUUUGAAUGUAUAUGUUGCAUCUGUAAUUAUUUAUACAUUUCUGUAAUUUCUAUACAAAUCAUAAGUUAGUACAACUUACAGGAGAGUUAGUAAAAUGAAGAAAUUAAAGUUAUUAGAAUUUAAAAUUAGAGAUUUGCACAACUUACGGGAUAGUUUGUAGAAUAAAGAAUUUAAAGUUAUAACAAUAUAAAAUUAGAAGUUAGUACAACGUAUAGGAUAGUUAGGAGAACAAAGAAUUUAAAGUUAUAACAAUAUAAAAUCAGAAGUUAGUACAACUUACAGGAUAGUUGGUAGAAUAAAGAAUUUAAAGUAAUUACAAUGUAAAAUUAGAAGUUAGUACAACUUACAGGAUAGUUGGUAGAAUAAAGAAUUUAAAGUAAUUACAAUGUAAAAUUAGAAGUUAGUACAACUUACAGGAUAGUUGGUAGAAUAAAGAAUUUAAAGUAAUUACAAUGUAAAAUUAGAAGUUAAUACAACUUACAGUUGAGUUGACAAAAAUUAGAAUUUUGAGUUGAGCCAACUCAAAAGCAAAACUUAAGAUGUUUAGUUUGAUUGCCCAACUUAAAAUUUUAUCGAAGUUUGUUGCCUUGAAAUUUUGAGUUCAUCUAGCUUUUUUUUUUUU